UCAAGCAAGGACCAAAAGCCAAAGAACUUCCCUGCAUAUUUCUUGAUCUAGUUCGUAAUUACAGUAGUCGGGGGUUAAACGUUUGUGGAAUGCCAAAAUCGGAUCAUUGGAGAAACGCUAAUGCGCCAUCAGCGGCUAGUAAACUUGAAGCACUUAAAGAUUUAAUAUCGGAACUUAGUGAUCGACAAUUUUCUCAAUUUUCUCUUUGCGUAAACCAUUAUAAUCAAGUUGUAGUUUCUGAUCAUUUUUACCAACAACUUUUAGGUAGUUCUAGUAACAGAUCCUGUCUUGAAGAUAGUUCUAAUAACGAUUCUACCUCUGCUUUCGAAUUUAAUAAAAUGAUUGUUGAAGAU